AUGUCGGUCGCAGACCUCAAAGCCAAAGGCAACGCCGCCUUUGCCUCCAAGGACUACCAAUCCGCCAUUCAACACUACAAUGAAGCGAUCGCUGCUGCCGCUUCCCCCGAAGACGCAGUCCACGUUCUCUACUCCAAUCGCUCCGCCUGUUACGCUGGUCUCAAAGACUGGACCCACGCCCUCGAAGAUGCCGAAUCGUGCAUCAAGACCAACCCUUCUUUCGCCAAAGGUUACGGUCGCAAAGGUGCCGCUCUUCACGGUGCACGUAAGCUCGAGGAUGCCGUUGAUGCCUACCAGGCCGGUUUGAAGAUUGCUCCGGAAGAUGUGGGGUUGAAGAAAGGUUUGACGGAUGUCAAGAGGGCGGUGGAGAACGAAGCUGCUAAUGGACCGGGAAUGGAGGCUGGGUUCGGUCAGAUGUUCAGCGAUCCCCAGCUGUUUGCGAAGUUGGGUGCGAACCCAAAGACUGCGUCGUUGUUGUCGGAUCCGGCAUUUAUGGCUAAGCUGAAGAAGAUUCAGGCGGAUCCGAAGGAGGCGGGUAUGGCGUUCCAGGAUCCACGCAUGAUUCAGGUUAUGGGUGUGUUGAUGGGUAUUGAUUUGCAGGCGUUUGAACGUCCGGAAGGAUCGGAUGAGUUGCCUGCUGAUCUUGAGAAUCGUCGUGAGGAUAUCCAGGAGCAGUCCGGCUCCUCCUCCUCCUCCCCCCCUUCCUCGGCUCAAAAGGCUGCUUCCUCUUCGACCCCGGAUGUCGAGAUGAAAGACGCCAAGCCCACCGCCCCCGAACCCGCCGCUGAACCUGAAGAAGAAGACGAGGAAAAGAAAGCCAAAGCCGCAGCCGACGCCGAAAAGAAACUCGGUAACGAACUCUACCUCAAACGCGACUUCGCCUCCGCCAUCCCCCACUACCAAGCCGCUUGGGACCUACACAAAGACAUCACCUACCUCAACAAUCUCGGUGCAUGCUACUUUGAACAGGGCAAAUACGACGAAGCUAUCAAAGCAUGCGAACUGGCUGUCGAAGAAGGUCGUUCGAUGCGAGCCGACUUCAAGCUCGUCGCUAAAGCUUAUGGCCGUAUCGGCUCAGCUUAUGCUAAACAGGACAAACUCGAACUUGCGAUUUCUAACUUUGAAAAGUCGCUUACUGAGCAUAGGACUCCGGACAUUCUGGCUAAAUUGAGGGACACGGAGAAGCUGUUGAGGGAGAGGACUAAGCAGGCGUAUAUUGAUCCAACCAAGGCGGAGGAGGAGAGGACGAAGGGUAACGAGUUGUAUAAGAACGGCGAUUUCCCCGGAGCUGUAGCUGCCUUCACCGAAGCCAUCAAACGCGAUCCCAGUGAUCCUAGGGGUUACAGCAACCGUGCUUCGGCAUACACCAAACUUGCUGCCCUCCCCGAAGCACUUAAGGAUUCGGAGGAGGCGAUUAAAGUCGAUCCCAAAUUCGUCAAGGGUUACAUUAGAAAAGCAAACGUACUGUAUGCGAUGAAGGAGUUUACGAAGGCUAUGGAAGCCUGCCAGAAGGCGGAGGAUGCGGAUAAUGCGCAAGAAGGAGGGGCUAAAAAUGCUAGGGAGAUCCAGGCGUUGUUGAGCAAGUGUAUGAACGAGUUAUACUCGCAGAGAAGUGGUGAGAGCGAGGAGGAAACAUUGCAGAGAGCAAUGAGGGAUCCGGAGGUGGCUCAGAUCAUGCAGGAUCCAAUCAUGCAGAGUAUUUUGCAGCAGGCGCAGAGUAACCCAGCGGCAUUGCAAGAACAUAUGAAGUCUCCAAUUAUUAGGGAGAAGGUAAACAAGUUGAUUGCUGCUGGUAUUAUUCGUACUCGUUAA